AUGGCUCCAAUCGCUGAUAGAGAAUGCGCCUACUCUGUCGACCACUACGACCCCGAUAUGCUGGCUAACGAUGCAGAUCAGCCUCCCAUCGAUCCUCCGGUCGAUGCCCAAUGCAAAGACGUCCAACAUUCGCCUACCCAGCCAGAACCUCACUAUCCCAUCUUCCGCCCGCGCAAAGUCAACCGCUCCCAAUCCCUCUCGCUACCUCCGCGCAGAUCUCGCAACCCAUUCUUACCUUCCGACCCAUUCUCUCGCCUACACUACCUAUCCCUCGCUAUAUCCACCGAGCUUGAAGCACUGAAUCUAUUGAGAUGCAUCGACAACCUUCAACACUUGCGUACCCAUCCUGCGCUCAGACACAAGGCUAAAAAGCAGCACAGGAACAAACAUCGACCAAGCACCAUCAUCACCAAGACAAAGACGAAGACGACUCAGAAGCAGACCUCAACGGACGGUCAGACCCAGGAGCAGACCCAGGAACAGACUAAGAAGACCUAUACACUCAAUGCCAAAGCAGCUGCAUGUGGUACGGGCGGAGUUAAAAAGUGUAAGUAUGGCACCUAUCGGGUAUUGGACCAGCAGGGGGAUGAUGUGGUAGAUAGGGUGUGUAAGUUUCAUAAGAGUAGGAAGGGUGAGGAUAAGAGGGGUGAGGCAUGUCAGUAG